UAGUAUGACGUCAUAUUCAGAUAAGAGGAGAGAGACUUUUCGUACGUGGAUUUUUCGAGGAGGAUUAAGGAUUCUUAUUUUAAAAAGUACCUAAAAUGUCGUACGCGUAUCUAUUUAAAUAUAUCAUUAUUGGGGACACAGGUGUUGGCAAGUCAUGUCUACUACUACAGUUCACAGACAAGAGAUUUCAGCCAGUCCAUGAUCUAACAAUAGGUGUAGAAUUUGGUGCACGAAUGAUAAACAUUGAUGGGAAACAAAUCAAGCUACAGAUUUGGGAUACAGCUGGUCAGGAGUCAUUCCGUUCUAUCACAAGGUCUUACUACAGAGGAGCUGCGGGUGCUUUGCUAGUCUAUGACAUAACAAGGAGAGACACUUUCAAUCACCUGACGACUUGGUUAGAGGAUGCACGACAACAUUCCAGCUCAAAUAUGGUCAUUAUGCUAAUUGGCAACAAGAGUGACUUGGAAGCCAGGCGGGAUGUGAAGAGGGAAGAAGGGGAAGCAUUUGCUAGGGAACAUGGAUUGAUAUUCAUGGAGACAUCAGCAAAAACGGCUGCCAAUGUUGAAGAGGCUUUUAUCAACACAGCAAAGGAGAUCUACCAGAAAAUCCAGGAAGGAGUGUUCGAUAUUAAUAAUGAGGCUAACGGAAUCAAACUCGGACCACAGCAUUCGCCUACAAAUCCAGCGUUACCUGCCGGCGGUGGAGGACAACAAUCCGGUGGUGGAUGCUGUUAGUUUCAACAUCAUUUGUCUACUGGCUUAUUGGAGACGUUGAAUAACAUGCAGCAGUGUUGCCAGGAAUCGUCGGUGAAAACACAUGGCAUAUUCAACUAUGAUACAUGAAUAGCGGUCUUAAAAUGCGGUUGUGUUAAACUAACCAAAAGGAACUUCUUACCAAGGCUUCUGUUUUCUUUAUACCACAAUUAGGAUAUUGUUGAUUUCAGAUAAUCUGUGUGUUCUUAUAUAAGACUUUCUGCAGUCAGAUCUCGUAUAUAAAUCAUGAUUGACUAACAUCACACUGUAGUAGGUAGAAUUUGUUUUGGUUAGAUUGAUAUAGUGUAGAGUAAACCAUUGAACAGCCAAUAUACAAGUACAAUACUUCAUUAAAACCCUGGCAUGCUUAAUAAAUAAUGUUUCCUGACGAUCACAAUACAAAUACAAUAAUUGUGCAGUUAAUAUAGACAAAUAUGAACUUAAAAUAAUAAAUGGAAAAAUAUGAAAUUUAAGAAAAAUGUAAGUGUUUAGAAUUGAUUAUGUACUGAGAUAUUGUACAGUUUUGAGCUUGAUAUUUAUUAUUAUUAAAUGGCAUUGUAAAUGUGUUUUGAAAAUACUGGACUUGCGUAAGUUCCUCCCAUAUGUUCCCCCUUCUGCAUGGCAUACUGAACUGUUUGUGGGUUUCAAAUUCUUAACAAGUGUUGUCAUUAUUGUUAUGAUGGAACACAACCAGCAUUAAUGAAAACUUGGUGGCAUUGAUUUCCUAGUAUUAAUGCCUUUAAGGCUGUUUGCAUUCCAAGGUGUAAUUAAUCAUUUUCUAAUUAUGGAAAUGCCAAUUUGUGACAAAUAUAUCAGAAAACAACAAUAUUGAAGAAAAGGUGUUGGAAGUUGCGUUGGUCUACACCUGUGUAUGUGUAGGUGGUUUCAACCCUUAAAUUGCAAAUGGUGUGCAGCAAUAAAUGUAGGUGGUGUACAACUAGGAGUGGUAUGCACCAGUAAGCAAUUAUUAUAGUUGUAUUCCAUGCAAUGAUGGUAAACUAUAUUGAGUUUUCACUGUACGAAAUUGAAUCACAUUCAUUGCAAUACAUGCAUUACACUAAGAACAAAUGCAGGUUUAUUAUUGACUUACUGAUGCAUUAGGUAUAUUAUAUGUUUAUUCAAAAGUGAGAAUCUACUUAGUACACUCGAAAUAUUAUAGACGAGGAGUGUUUGAUUGAAGUCAUGUUUAAGGUUUGUCUCCAUCCUGUUUUGCCUUAUGUAUCAACCCCGACAUUAUUUAGAUUUAAUAGUUGCUACAUUAACAUAUAGACAUUAUAUAGUGUCACAUCCAAUGUUUUUUUUUAUAUAUAUUAAUUUUUUUUUUUGGGGUUAUAUUUUCUUCUAUAGUUGGAAAAUUAUGGUGCAAUUUUGGUUUUGAUUUACCAGGGGUUACAUAUUCUUAGAUAUUCUUAGAUAGAUUUAAGUUUUUAUCUGUAUGACACAAGUAUUAUAUCUUGCUUAUUUGUAUCCGUUGAAAUACAACCCCCUUUCAUGUAUUUAAUUUAUUGUUCGAAUCAAAUGGAUUUUAAUACAUUUGUACUUUUCAAACGAAUAAAGAAUAUAAAGAAAUUUUUACUAAUAUUUCAUUUUAAAUCGUAAUACUAACAUUAAUCAUCGGUAGUGGUGCAUUCACUUUGACAUUAAUGGUUAGUUCACACUGCCAAUUCUACUUUGCUAGUAAUGUUGCUGGCAUUUGCAUCAACAUAUUGCUCCUGUGUGAACCAUAUUUAAGUGGGUCCUAGCUACAAAGUUAAAGAACAAUUAUUAAAAUUUUUAUUAAUGUGAAUUUUGUUUUGCAUAUUAUUUGUAAACAGUGUAUUAAUUGCCAUGAAUUUUUGCUUCUAUUUGCUAAUCUCACAACUGUGAUGUGUAUUGCAAAUGCCCUAUACUCAUGUUAUUCAAGUUCUUAUAUGUAUACCUGUAUUUACGCCUCAAGGUGUUAAGUUUGUGGGAUUCGAGUCAACUCGCCCUCUAGCAAACUCGCUCUUAUCAAGGGGGCGAGGUGACUGGUUCCUGAUUUGUGUGACUUAACACUCUGUGUAAACUGAUAGUAAUAUUGCUGAGAUUAUGUGUAAAUGUGUUAUUGAUACCAAAAACAUAUUAAAAAGAAUUUACGAAGGGGAAAGAUUUAUUAGAUGUUUCCAUACAUUGUUAUAUACUUACGUUAUUUGUGUUUUGCACAAUAUAAUUUAAGUUAAAUUACUGAAACUGUCAAUAGCAAUGACAUGUUAAAUAGGUUGAUGAAUGAAUGUUCAUUAAUACACUUCUGCUAACAUACUUGCUAUGCUAUGAUACUCAAUUGUUUCAAAAAAUAAAUGUUGCAUUUUUUUGUUCUUAUAUGGAGAUGGUUUUUUUUUUAUAUAGUGAAGUCUAUUAAAAUUGUCUACCCCUUCCCCAAAAAA